AUGACGACAACUCAUCAAGGGCUCAAGAGAGACGACUUGGGGGUGCUCCGUUCCGAUCAUCGGCCCGAAGGCGCCACAGGCUCCGACGCCUCGGACAGGCUGCCGCCGACAGCCUACGAAGAGGAUUUGUACGGUGGUGAAUUGACGUGAGUAUAAAUAAUUCUGCUCUUUUCGACACCGUUUUCGGUCGCAUGUGUACUCAUCAUCAAUACCCGCGCCACCAUGGACCCCGAGCAGCCUCUAUGAUGAGCGAAAAUCGUUGCUCAUCAAUCGCGAACUUGAUGCGAUGGGCCUGGGGCGGUACCAAAAGUGCAUUUGGUUGUUGUGUGGAUUCGGGUACAUGUUGGAUCUACUCUGGGCUCAAGCAUCCGGUCUCAUCGCCACGCCGUUGUAUCAAGAGUUAAAGUCAGUAUAUCCUUUCACGCUAAUUUCUCGAGGUAGGAUUGUCGAGCCUGUUUUUAGCGAUGUAUGCUACGAGCCUGGCUUAUAUCUUUUCCUUCGAGGAGAGCUUUCGCUUCUGUUGACCGACCGUUCACUCAUCUCCUAUCGGGGGUGGCGACUGAUACAAUUGUCCUGGAUGGUCUCUGCGCAAACAUUUUCACUGCCUUCUCCGCCGGGCUGACGGUUGGCGCCUUCACGUUUGGAUUGGGAGUCGACGUGAUUGGACGCAAGUGGUGCUUCAACCUCACCUGUCUGGUCACCAGUAUUUUCGGACUUCUGGUCGCGGCACCGAGCAACUACGACGCCAUCUGCGCUCUGACCGCGCUUUGUGGGUUCGGAUUGGGAGGGUGAGUUCGGAAUUGUCAGCCCUCUUCAACGGUGAAUCGCCCCAGAAAGAAAUUUGGAAGCCGACCUGCGCUCUUAUUGCUCUCUGUCGUCUAGGAAUAUUCCUAUCGAUGCGACGAUUGUUCCUGAGUUCCUGCCACAGAACCGUCGGUGGCUCUUGCCUCUGCUUUCCAUGUGGCAGCCCAUUGGUGUGGUGCUGAACUGCGCGAUCGCAUUCAGUUUGGUACCAAGGUACCGUUGCAACACGGAUCUACUCGCAUGCGGACUCGUACAGUUCCGGUGCGGCUUGCUGCACGAGAUCGAGCAGCAUUGGAUGGCGCUUGCUCAUGAUCGUCUGCGGUGGGAUCACGUUGAGCGUCUUUGUGCUCCGAUUCUUCGUGUUCGACUUUCUCGAGUCGCCAAAAUAUCUGCUGGCGCGAGAACGGGACGCCGAGGCGAUCGAGGUUGUGCACAAGCUCGCGACGUUCAACCGUACCGUCGCUCCUCAAUUGUCCAUAGCCGAGUUUGAGGCCAUCGAUCAUGAGUUCCCGCAACAAGGGCUGGACACAAGCAAGAAAUGCGUGAUCAAGCAGGCGUUUGGCCGAUUCAAGCCUCUGCGCGGUCUCUUCCGCACCAAGCGACUCGGGCUCACGACCGUUCUCUUGUGGAUCGUCUAUAUGGGUGACUUCUGGUCCUUCAACUUGGCCGGAUCGUUUUUGCCCAUCAUCUUGGCUCGCCGAGGGCAGACUGCGGGUCCGGCCCAUUUAUCGGCUCUCUGUGGUACGUACUGAGACUUCGUUCUGUUGACAGCAUAUACGUUUACUUGUCCGGCAUCUUGGGCACCAUCCUCGCUGCGGCGUGUGUCGAGCUGCCCGGUGUCGGCCGCAAAUGGUCGCUUGUCUUUGGUGCGAUCGUGCAAGGAGUGUCCAUGGCGAUGUACACGCAGAUGGACACGAUCAAGGUCAGUGUGCACUCGAGUGCAUCAUGCAGUCUUUCUUCAAUGUGGUACUGUAUGGGUUCACGCCCGAAAUUUUCCCAGCUUCUAUUCGAGGAGUGAGUUCCCCAAUCCGGUUGCAGCCAUUCUCCGGUCACCGAUGCUUUCCCUCUGACAAAGUGCAAUUGCACCCGUAUCUCCAGUCCGCCGCAGGAUUGUGCAGUACUUUUGGUCGCUUGGCUGGCAUCGUGGCCCCGAUCGCGGCUCGACCAUACAUUGAUGGCAAUUCGAACGGCGUGCUAUGGCUCGCAGUAGGCGGAAUCUUUGUCAGCGCCUUCUUCCUCAUCUUUCUGCCGAUCGAGACGAGGGCUCAGGCCAGCUUUGAAUAG